CCACUCCGGGCUCAGCCAUGGCACAGCUGAAGCCGGCGCCUUGCGCCCCUUCUGUGCCACAGUUCACACCUCCACCACCACCCCCCAAAAUCCAUCAGGUGCAACCAAAUAUAAGCCAGGCUGCUGCCGCUGCAGCCACUGCUGCCCCCUCGUUGCCGCCCCCUCCUCCUCCCGUGCCUGCGCCCCCACCACCCCAAGCACCCCCAAAGCCUCUUGUGACAGCUCUCCCUCUACAGCCUAGCGGGAAGGCAGCGUCACCAGGGGUCACACAUGUCACCCCCCCUGUGCCAGUUCCCUUGCCCCUUGCAAUUAAGAAACAACCAAGUGUCACCUCUUCCCAGGUGCCUCCGCUGCCCCCAGCCCCUCCAGGCCCCACUCCUCCCCCAACGUUCCCAAAGCAGCAGAGUUUCUCUGUGAAGCCGCCUCCUUCCCCUCAGUCCCCAGUGCCGUCAGUGGUGAAGCAGAUAGUCAGCCAGUUCCCACCUCCUCCCACCCCACCUGCCACUGAGCCCCAGCCUCUGAAACCCCUGCCGCUGAGCGUGGCUCCCCAGUCGCCUCCAGCGGUGAAGGCGAAGCCCAAGUGGCAGCCCGCCUCUGUUCCCUCUCCGGAUUUCCCCCCUCCUCCACCAGAGAGCAGCUUAGUGUUUCCUCCUCCACCUCCUUCCCCAGCUACCUCUGCAGGUUCUCCCCCCCCUGACAAAUCAGGGUCUCCAGUCAAAAAGACCAGCAAGACAUCAAGCCCUGGAGGGAAGAAACCACCUCCAACACCUCAGCGGAACUCCAGCAUCAAAUCCACCAGCUCCACUGAGUACCAUGAGUCCAAGAGACCUUCAGUGGACCGCCUUGUCAGCAAAUUUGCACACCCACCAGAGCCGUCAGGGUCUCCUUUGAAGGAGUCAUUGCCUCCUGCAGCCCCUCCAAAGCCUGGAAAGCUCAACCUUUCUGGUGUGAGCUUGCCCAUCGUCGUUCCGCAGGGAGGGAUCCCAGCCAAGGCUCCUGCACCAGGUGUGUCUGGGAAGGAACCCGUGGUUGAAUUCCCUUCACCACCGUCGGAUUCAGACUUUCCACCACCGCCACCUGAAAUAGAUCUUCCUGUCCCACCAGUUGAGAUCCCAUCCGUGUUUUCAGGCAGUACCUCCCCUAAAGUUGCUGUUGUCAAUCCCCAGCCUCAGGCAUGGUCAAAACCAUCCAUUAAAAAAGCCCCACCGCCCACGCGUCCGAAGCGGAAUGACAGCACUCGGCUGACACAGGCAGACGUUGCAGAGCCACCGGUGACUCCUGGCCCCCAAGUGCCCACUUCACCCAAGUCCAGCCUUAGCGUUCAGCCAGGAUUCUUGGCAGACCUCAACCGGACGCUGCAGCGGAAAUCCAUCACCCGGCACGGCUCCCUCUCCUCUGCACGGAUGUCCAGAGCAGAGCCCACAGCCACCAUGGACGACAUGGCCCUGCCGCCACCCCCGCCGGAGCUUCUGGCUGACCAACAGAAGACAAGCAGCUUCAAGGGCAGUCAUAUAUCUGGCUAUGCAACGUUACGGAGGGGGCCGCCGCCUGCACCUCCCAAAAGGGAUCAGAACACCAAGCUGUCGCAGGACUGGUAGUCCCCAGGGGCCGGUGCUCUCUGACUCGAGGGCUGCUCUGUGGUCAGGCAGCCUGUGAUGUUAUGCGCUUGGAGAGAAUGUGGGGACGUGGACAAUAGCCCCGUCAAAAGAGGUGAUCUCAAACUGUAGCUAAGGUUAAAGAUAGAGACGUUCCCCUUUCAUGGCUAGGCCAAAAAAGUUGGGGGCUUGGGGUUGUCAAUAUUUUAUUGGGGGGAAGUGGGUAGAGAGCCAUCGACUUAAUCCUUUCAAUUUCUUUUACCCUUCGUAUGGAUUGGACCAAAAUCCCUUUUUCUUACUUUUUCUGCAUUGGGGGGAAGAUAAUUUUUGUAGUGUCUGUCCAUGUGAGACAUGUUUGUGCAUGUAUUAUAAGUGUAGGUAUAUAAUAUAUUGUGAUAUAUUUCGUCGCAAUUAUAGAAGAUAACCAGAAUGUUUUUGUAGAGCCGUAUUUAUUGUUUCAGUCAUUAUAUUAUUGGGAAUAAGACUCUGUAACCAAUCAAAUGUUACCGUAUAAGAUGGAGAUGUAGAGGGCACUUUAAAGAAAGGAAGAAGAAAGAAAAAGAAGUAGGAAAAAAAAAGCACCACAAACCUUUUGGCAGUUUGUGAUGGGUAAAUUAAUGGUGCAAAGCGGAGGUGUUCUGCUAGUAAUUGUACAUUGGUCAUUGAUUGAAAAAUACAGACUCAACAUACCAAAACAUUCUGGUCAUAAUACUACUGAAAAUGAGUAUGUUCUGACAAAGAAAAUAGAUUUUAUAUAUAGUGGGCUGGAGUGAAAUAUAUUUAUACUAUAAAGAACCUCCCCCUUCCUUCCAAAUAGUUUUAAAAAAUACACUGCUACAAAUUAAUUGAAAAUUAUUUGCCCAUGAAGUAACUAGGAUAAAUAUAUAUUAUUCCAAUCCAUUAUGCAUUUUAAGUUUAUAAUAGGCUCAAUCGUUUGUUUUUAUGACACAAGAUGACCAUUUGUGUUAACCCCUUCUGAAAGCUGCCAGGACUCCUGCAAUCAGUGCCAACCCACAAGGCUGACCCGUGUGGAUCCAUCACUUGUACGUGUCAUUCUUUCCCUGAAUGAACAGGUAGGUUUCUGUAGAGAACACUCUGUUCUCACACAGACACACGCUACAGCGUACAGUCUCACCUUGUCUGUGCCUGAUCAGAUGUAUUAUCUUUACAAAAAAAUAAGUGUCUGGAAACAGUUAAAGUGUUGUAAUUCAUUAGAAACUGUCAGGAAACUUUCCUUUCUCGAAAGAGAGAAGGGAAUGGUAAUUUCAGGCCAAGCACAGCUGGAAUUCUCUUAUCUUUGACCUGCCAGAGGCUGUGACCAAUGCAUAAAUCUGUUAAUUAUGAAGUUGCGCUUCUAGCAGUCAAGGGAGAGGACUGGAAAAAAAACUUUGAGAGGCAAUAACGUUUGCUAUUAGUUUAAUUUAAGGAGCCGUAUGAGUAGUAAAUAGAUUAUCAUAAUUGCCUUUUUUUUUUUUUUUUUAUUGCUACCGAGUCACAAUCACCGUAUCAAGUACUAGCGUCCUUCAUCUUGUAUUUCAGGAGUUUGAUUAUACAGUCUUACCUACAUAUUGGACACAAUAAGGUAUUGUAAUUAGGAUAAGUGGUCCUGGGUGUUAUGCAUGUUCAUUACAGGGUAGUGGUACACAAUCUUUUUAAAUCAACUAAAAUACUUGGACUGUACCUAUGCCAUCUGCAGCUGUUAACAACUUCCCUGGUCAUUACAGGGAUACUGUCAAGGCUCAGCUGGCAAAGGAUUCUACUGUUUACCUUUAUUCCAAAAGCAAAUACUAUAUGCUUUCCUCCCCCAAAAAGUGAAUCAAAGGAAGUAGCCUGACCUGACAGUAUCUUCAAGUGUGUAAAACAAGAUGGAAACUGAUCUCUCAUUAGAGUAACUCAGAUUGAGAAGAAAUAUUGUGAGUGUCCCCUAUUCCUUUUUUUUUAAGUCCAAAUAAUAAAAUUAAUAUCUUUGUGAAUAAUUUAUGAAUAGGAAAAAGGUUUUGCCAAUUAGAGGGGGAAAAUGAUACAUCUAUAACUAUAUAGUUUUAAAUAAGUGCAUCAUGAAAAGAGAAAAAUUAAUGGUGCUGUCUCUGUUGACCUGUUUCAUAUAAUUUUAUAAACUCCGUUUCAGCACCUCUGGAAAUUGUUUUAAUAUUUCUGACUAGUUUUUUUGAGCAAUAACAAUAUACCAUUGUGUGCAUUUUUAAAGCACUGCUAUGGAAAGGCACUUUUUUUGUAUCUUUCAAAUUGUUCACAAAGUUUUGUUUCUACUAUUUUUGUGCUUAUCAAGUGUCCUUAACAGCAUUUGCAUUGUUGAUUUUAAGCAUGCUCAGUAUAGCUGGCAAGUAACUUCGCAGGAAGAUUGUUAAGCUAUACUGCAAUUCAUGGGUGCUGUAAUUUUCUACGUUGGUCCUCCUGCUGCUUUGUACUGUAUGCAGCUCCUGGGGCUCACACCCACCAGUGCAGAAGGUGUGCAAGUACAGUCGUAACCCCCAGCUGUUACUGAUGAUAGGUAAGUGGACAAAUCUUCUACUCCCUGGCAGGGUGCAUCUGGGCUGACACAGCACAUGCUCCCAGAUGAGAAUCAGUCAGGGAAUUCUUGCUCCCUCUGUUUUCCUUUCCUUACAAGAUAGCUAGCUCCACUGGUGGGUGACGGUUGCAGCCCUUUUUCUCCUGUUCACUCAGUGCGGGUACCUCUAGGAUUUGCACUUGGCAGAGCAAUGUUUUAAGUGCAGUUUUUUCAGAGGCAUUUGAACUUUGUUCUUAUGUUCUUGUGCCCAGUUUCAUUUACCCAGUAUCUCCCCCAGGACAAUGAAUCCAUGCUUAACAUUGCAGGCUGCUUAACAGCUUGCUGGGAGACAGAAGUUUAACUCAAGGUUCGCAGCAAAAAGAGUAAGUGUUGGCAAAGGUUGCAAGGUCGCAUCCUUCUUAGUAGGACGUACUUCAUCAGUCAGUAGUGAUACAGAAAUGUGAGUGGCUGCAGCUUUGUCUCAGAUGUGUGCUGAAAUUUGGAUACAGAGUGAUUUGGACAACCUGGUUUGCCUUUUCAGCUUAUGGAUCCUGUCAAUGGAACUUGCUUUUCCAGUUUAUUUACUACUGUUUUUAUGACAGCAAAUAUCAUGCCUUAUUUGCUUGUGCAGUGGUCUCAGAAUUGUACCAUUUUAUCUUGUAAAAUCAGAAAAUAAAGGGGCCAAAGCUCAGACACAAAGCAAGAUGCUUCUUGCUACAAACAGGGGCAGUAAUCCUUUUCGCACUACUAAAAUUAGCAUGUGAGAGCUGAGAUCUCAUACUCUGGACCCACAGAUAGCAGAUGCUUUUAUCCUAAAAUACUGAGAGCGUAUAGCUACCGUUAAUGUGGCAUGAUGAAGUGUAUAUACCCUUUGGCACUUAAAGUGUAUGUCAGGGAAAGCCCUGCUCCUGCAGGAGGAGCUGAGAGCUGACAGCUGCAUUCUUUAUGCUCUUAAUUUCCUCUCUGCCAAGCAGCAGUAGCAUCCACCUUUGCAGGUAGCAGGGAUCUGUUCAGCCAGCAGAGAGGGGGGAGGAUCUCUGCAUGUAGCACAGCUGUAGAAAGCAGGAACCUGGUCUUCUCAGGCACUCCAGUUUAAUUCCACUCUUGUGGAAUUGCUUUGGAAGGGAAAACUAGGCUCUCAUAACAGCACUACUCGUAGAGGAAAAAUGAUAGUAACAAGAAAAGGUUUUGAGCAAGUGGUUCUGAAUAAAUCAUUGGUAAUGUGGUUGAAGUAGACAUGCCAGUGGUUCUGUUUUGUCUUUCAAAACCUGUGUUUGGGGGAGGAGGUUAGGCACAUGUCUCACAGUAAAUAAAUAAAUUUUUAAAAAAAUCCAGUUAUUGUACAUGGAAGAGGAAAGCUCCUGCUUCCCCCUGUGCAGUGGCUUUCUCCUGCAGCAAAGCACUGCUUGCUCUAUCUUGGUGCAUGACCUCAAAGCCAAAGAGCUCCUCUCCUGAACUUACUGUGUGAUUUCCUGCAGGGCAACACAGAGUGAUUGACAGACACAUCAGGGAAAGAGUCAAGGUACCUGAAUCACUUUGGUUUCAGGGCUGAUGGGAGAGGGAGCAAUAUUUCAACAAGUGCAUUUUAAGAUUCACUGUUGUGGAGUUGCACAUUUACAGGGUUUUUUUUGUUGUUGCUGUUUUUUUCUAAUUUCUUUGUUCUGUGCUCUUAGGCAACCAGGUAACACAAAUCAGCUCAGAGAAAGUGUGGCCAGUUUUGCUCUGGGUUAAAAUUAUUUUUUCCACAGUUAAAGGAACCAAAAGUGCCGCUUCAACAACAGAAGGGCAAAAAAGAGAAUUUUUCUGCUUAUUACAGAAAGCCACAUAGAACUAAAUUGUACUUCAGUGGUGCCGUUACAGGUAAAAUAAUUUCUUAUUCAAAGAUAGUAAGUAAGUGGGUCUUAUUACGAGUAUUAUGUCUAAUACAGAGUCAUGUUAAAAUCAGUUGUAUCUCCUUGAUUAACUGGGGCAUUGUAUGGCUCACUGGCUGUAACUAUAGGUGGGGAACACUUACCGUGUUAGAGAAUUAGAUUUACCAUUUGAAAAUCUUGUUAAUGUAGAGCCAAAUUCUUUUUAGAGCUGUAUUGACAUUUCCGUUUGAUUUGUCACACAGAAUUUCCAAGACUUACUGCUCUUCCUGGUUUUCAUCAUUUAUUUUAAUGUAGCGGCAGAAGUUUAUAAAGGUAUUUUCUGUUUGGUAUAUGCGUAUGUGACUUCCACCUUGUCAGCACAGAUGCUUUCCUGGAGUUUUCUAUCAGACCAAACACAAAAGCAAUAUAAACUCCUGACAGAAGGUUGUGAUGGUGCAGCCAGAACAUAUGAGGGCUUUUCGGUUGUUUGUUGUGGGUUUUUUGGUUGUUUUGUGGGUGGUGGUUUGUGGUUUUUUUUUUUUUUUUGCCUUUCUUUUAUUAAGGUUUAGAUUUUGUACAUGUUCAAACAGUGCUCCUAAUUUGGGGGUAAAGGGACUCUUAUACCUCUGUUUGAGAGGAGCUUCCCAAAGCCCCAUUUUCUGGCUCCUGGUGUUUAGCUUUGCAGUCCCUUGGUUACUCGGGACAGGCUCCAAACCAGAGAGCAUUUAACACUACAGGUUUUCCAUAGAUGUUUCUGUAAUAUGCUGGUGGAUUUAAAAGUUUAAGUUUGGAAAUAUAAAUUUCUCUGAAAUUGAAAAAUUUUCCUUUUUGAAUUAUUUAUCUCCUUCAAUUUAAUAUAUAUAUUAAAUACAUAUAUGAGUGACAAAACCAGCAUUAUAUUGCAGGGGUUACCACUCACUAAUACUGUGAUACCAUGAGUCACAGGCUUUGUCUAGUUUUGAAAAGUUUAAGACACUAAAUUGCAAAUGAGGUGACAACACACGCCUAGCUGUCAUAAGUAAAUUAAAGUAAUUGCCACUAACAUAGGAAAAGUAGUUAUUUGGGCUGAUGGAUAUUUGGUGCUCUGAGGCGCUGAGUAGGGCAAGGAUUCAGUGAGCUCUCUUUUCAGGAAAAUUGUACAUCCUCAGUGAGGUGAGCUAGAGAAGAAUUUGGAGGAACAGGAACUGGUGCUAUAUGUAUGCACAGUCCCCCACAGCAGGGAUUUUGUGAGGGGAAUGGGUGAGAAGGAACUUGAGGAACAGGUUUUGGAAACCCCCUUAUUUAACACUUAAAGGCAACUCGUCUGUUAGGACACUUAGGAAUGGAACCAACUGUUCUCUACAGUGGAAAACAGUUUCCUCUCACCUUUCCUAAGAUGCCAAAGAUGCAUUCAGAGCUAAAUUUCAGGUACACAGAUGUUCUUGCACCAGCUGGUCCUGGAGCCAAGUGGACAGGGGCUGCAGCUGCUGUUUGGCAAGAGAGCAGGGCUGCUGCUGCUAGCUGUUGUGCAUCUCUUGCCUUUGGUAACUGGGGGUACAGAUCUGCAAGGGGUGGGGGCAAAGGGCGGUUUAGUGAGGGAACCUGUGCCCAGAGGCUCCCUCACUGCUGAUUUGGUGCAGCACUAUAAAGCUUGUACUUAAAAAAGGAAAAUGAAAUUCUUUCACAAGUUGUAACUGAAAUCUUAGUUCUCCUUCUAGUGGACUGCCGUGGACCAGAAAUUAACUGGAGUAGCAGUUUGUUUUAUGGCUUACACUAAUUGUUAGCGGCCACUGGUGAUAUCCUGUAUAAUACUGGGGAUGCAAAUGUAAGAAAAAAGUGUCAUUGCAAUGAUGAUUUUUCUGUACAGCAAACUUGUGCUGAGUGCUAUAAAUACAUUCAUGUUUACUGCUUUAAAAAGAAAAUUGCACAUUCUGUCUUUCAGUGGAAUUGCCUCCCCUCUUCUUCCCUUUCCAAAAAGAAAAAUCAAAGCUCUUUUAGACUGAUAGCUUCAGGUUGGGGGGAGCUUUGCCAUAUUAUAAAUAUAUAUAAAUAUAUGUAUAAAUAUACUUUUUUAAGCAUGAGAGAGGACAAAAGAAAUACUACAUUAUAGAGUACCCAAUAUAGACCAUUAUACAAUGGAAUAUGCACAAUUCAAUAAAGAUGUAGUUAAAUUUAAUAAUUGUUUUAAUCCUCUGUCUUGCCAUUUUCCUUUUUCAGUUCAUAGCCCACAUUGUCUUCUAAGGGCACUAGUGGUUCCCCUUUUAGGGAUCAGAUAUCUGACAGCCUACAGGUUACAAUUUCUGUGCUCACGCUUGAUAAAAUUGCUAUUUAUUGUUCCUUUGCACAGUUCUUUCCAGUGGGUCAGAACUGGCUGUACCAGUAACAAGGUGCACACCAGCUACAGGUCUAAAGAGGACCCAGAGUGAAGGCUCACCUUUUCCAUCUGCGUGCUUCCCCAGACAUACAGGGUCCUGGCAUUACUCUGUACAUCUCUGCUCACCCAAGAAGAGCUGAUGGCUGGGACGCUCAUAGACUAGCCAUGCAGCAGUCAUGAGAUAUUACUGCAGGGAUUUGAAAGUCAGGAUUAUAAGAACUCAGACUGGAAUUCCUGCUGACGUGGGGCAGUCAUUCUUAGAGGCACUGAGGUACUUGGUCUUGCAUGUAGCUGAGGUAGCCUCUGCCUUGAGCCAGGAGAUGGAACACCAUCCUUGGGAAGCAGCAGCUGCAGUGCAUGCUCUCACCUACCGGAGACGGAAUGCAGCUCAGUGAAAGGAAUUCACAAGCAGCACAGCUGUGUGCAUACCACAAGGAGAUCAGAGCUGGACAGGACACAGCACAUAAAGCAAGUGUCACGGCCCCAGGGCAGGCAUGUCACCACUGAAAGAAGAGCAGCUCUCGUGUUCCUGCAGGCCCAGAGGAAGGGACUUCUGCCUAAACACUGGUGGUGCAGAAUGUUACUUGGGAAAGGCAAGGGAGAGCAGCUCUCCAGCCAGCUCAGACGAAUCCGAGCCUAAAGCUGGUGGAACAAGAUGGGAGCUCAGAGCUGUGAACAUGGCAUGGGUGCCCUGUGCUGGAAGAAGAGCUGGCAUCCCACCCAGUAGUGGUAACUGCAGGAAAGGCAGUCAUACAGAAGUUAGUGGAGAGAGCAGCUGCUGAAGGCAGCGAGGUGGAUGCAAGUCAUCAUACCUGUGCUGACCUCAGGAAGGGCUGACCUCAGAGCUCC